CCUCUUAUCUCUCUGAUGGCUUUUGGACAUAGUUUGCUUGUGCCCAUGGAAGUGGAAGACAAAUGCCUGACUGAAAAUAACACAACCCGAAUGGAUUUAUAUGCCAAGAUUGAUCAAGCAAAAACUGAGGGACAUUUCGAAAAUAUCGAAAUGAAUUACAUGUGCUAUGUGCACUGCGCAGCAGCCGAGCUGGAGAUUCUUGACGCCAACGAGCAAUUGGACAUUGAGGUGUUCAAGCAGAUGGAGCACUUGCAGGAGGAGAAUGCGGAAGUUAUCGAGGAAUGCCAUCGCGUGAUUAGCCAGGUCGAGGACAAGUGUGCUUAUGCCUUUCAAAUGUUGGUAUGUUAUAUCAAAAACUAUCGUAUAGUGGAGUACCUUAAUAUAAUGCCAGGCAAACAAUAAUUUGCUGAGACGCGACAGAAACAAAACUAAUGC